AUGGGAAAGACAUUUCAAAAAAUCCACGCUUGUGCCAUUGGCAGGUUCUCUGUCAAUGGGGAUAAGAUUCCACAGUGGAUACGAGCCCAUGGAGGGACCUUCUCGAAAGACGUCACCGAGAACGUUACACACUUGAUUACCACGAAGGAGACCUUCGAAAAGAAUGUCGAAGCAGUUCAGAAAGCCAAGCUUCUGGAAACAGUCAAGAUUGUGACAUAUGACUGGCCCGAGGACUCUUUGCAGUGCAAAACCCGUAAGCCGAAGCUUGAAGGAGCCUAUCUUUUGGCGAAUCACUCGAACAAAGAGAGAAAGAAACAGAGACGAGCGGCAAAGGUCCAGACGAGGCAGAUGAAGACCAAGGACAAGUCAUCGGCACCUGGAAAUGAUUCGUCUCAGCCAAAGUCUCGUGCCAGCAAGGAGAAAGCCCUAACUGCGUCGAACUAUCACGUCUAUGUUGACAAGGGUACCGGAGAGACGUACAGUGCUACUAUUUACCGCCAUCUGUCUCAGAACAAUAAACGCGAGAAAUUCCAGAUCAAGGUUCACGAGUCAAAUGACGUUCCUCACAUUUACACAACGCAAGCGAAGUACUGUCGCACCGGAAAGUCCACUAGCGAGUUUCUCGCGCCUCUCGGCAGCGACCAGAACACUGCGAUAGCAGCAUUCAAAGACUUUUUCGCGGCCAAGACGGGAAAGAAUUGGGAGUAUCGACUGGACGGGAUCCCGAUGCCUCCAAAGCAAGACGUUGAUGGAAAGCAACUACCGGCCCAUGAGGGCUGGUUUUACUAUGAAACUGGCAGAUCCCUUCUUUCGGACUUUCUUCGCCAAGGAGAGACUCAAAGCUCUGCAGCAGGCCAGGGUGCUGAGCAAACUGCUGUCGGCUCGAACAACGAUGACCAUGGUCCUCUGACGCCGCCUGGUGGUAAAGAUGAAUUCGUCGAAGAUCAAACCUAA